ACAACAACACCAAUAUCAACAACCAAAUUACUAAGAACAAACCUAAACAAUAUUGACAAAACACUUUCAGAUAUGGAAACAAAACUUACAAUAUUGAACAUUCACAAGCAAAUGAGUAGCCAACAACUAAAGAAUAUCGAUAUAGCAUUAAGCAUACAAACGGAUAUAAUUGGGAAUAUACCAAAGACAACAGCACACUGGUAG